AUGGCAGAUUAAUUAAAGAAAUGUAAAAGAGGUGGAUGUAACAAAAAAUACACUGAAUAAGAAAAUCUUCCAAAUUCAUGCCGCUUUCAUCCAGGAAAACCUAUUUUCCAUGAUACAAAAAAAGGAUGGACAUGUUGCAAUAAAAUAGUUUAUGAUUGGGAUGAAUUUUAAAAUAUAGAAACUUGUGCAGAAGGAAUGCAUACUGAUGUUGAUUCUAAUCAAUAAACAGUUGGAUAGGAUUAGUUUUACAAAUCUAGUACAGUGGCUAAUGCAUAAAAAGCAUUAGAUAAAGAAGAAAAAAAAAUAGUGAUUUAAAAAAUAUCAGAUUUUAAUAAAUAAGAAGAUAAUAAAUAAAAAAAUAAUUAAUAAUAAACGCAAUAACAAUAAACAUAAUAAUAAGAAAAUGAAAAGAAAAAAAAAUUUAUUACUAAAAAUGGAAAUUAUAAAUGUACAAAUAAAUCAUGUCAAAAAGAAUAUAAAGAAGAGGAUAAUAUAGAAAAUGCUUGCAAUUAUCAUUCUGGAGAACCAGUUUUUCAUGACUUAAAAAAAUACUGGACUUGUUGCUAAAAUAAAAUUUGUUAUGAUUGGGAUGAAUUUAUGAAAGUAUAACCUUGUACAUAUGGUAAACAUAAUCCUAAAUACGAAUGA